AGUCGGCGGAGGAUCAGCAUUUUGGCCACAUGUGUCUGCGCUAUUGAAUCCUCCAAAAAUAAAAUAACUGAUUCCAUCCCGCGAUGUUUCUGAUUUACAUCCCAGUGACAAGUGCCCCAUAAACUUCAUCCCCGUAGUGCCACCAGAACGAUCUCCAAUUUUCAAAUUGAAAAACGUGUAGACGAUAAAAAAAGAUAACUAUCCCCAGAGGAGAAAACGAAAACGUGCCUCGUGCUCACCUCCAUCAUACCUCCAGUGGACAAAAAAAAAAAGUCAAACAAAUCCUGAGACGAUAAAAACGAGGAAAACCCAUCGACCGGUGACAGUUGCGUGGAGAAGUGGCAGUGAAAUAAUUGGACAGGAUGCCCUCGAGAAGAGUCAGGCUUCACUGACGAAAAAAAAUAAAUAAAUAAAUAAAGAGAAAAAUGUGGAGUUAAUAAAAUUGGUAAUAUAAUCCUCUGGAGGAAGAACUGAUGAUCAUCGUGGAGGGCUCGGGGCCCACGUGUUCGUGAGUGUUCGAGCAUUAGAUUUUAAUUAGCCCAUUGAUUGAAUUUUGAAAGAGAAAGAGAAAAAAAAAGUGUUGCACAAGCCGACGAGCAUAACCCAACUUUAUAUUCUGGUAACCUCGUGUGCAUUUCACAUUUUCUGGUCAAUAUGGCGGCUAAAGUGGGAAAUCAGGGAGGUAGCGAUGCCCAGGAGUGCCCUGGUGUGUCUUAUGCCAGUGUUGUAAAUCCAAAAAGUGCUGGUGACACCCAGCAGAGGACAAUAAAGGACAAUAAUAAGGAGAAUAUUGGACAGGUGAGUGUUACACCACCGAUAACCCGAGAGAGAAAGGAGAGUGCCAGAGGGAAGUCCUAUCAGAAAAAUUCACGGAGAUUUAAUUCAUUUUCAACGAAGAGCGAGAGGAGAACGAGGGGUAAUUCACCUGGUGAUAAGGAGAGGGAUUUGUCUAGGGGGCAGGAGCAGGAGAGACUCAAUGGGGAUGUGGCGAGUGAUGGGGAAUUUCAGACUGUUGCACCGAAGUCUGCCAGGAGGAAGGAAAAAUUACAGGAGAAGGGUAGAGAGCACAGGAGUCACAGGGAGAGGAUCAGACAUCAUGACAGACAUCACCGGGGAAAGAGUGAUGAGAGGGUGAAUCACAGCAAGGAGAGGGCAGCUCAUAGGGAUCGACACUCUGGGGAGAAUCAUGUGAAGGAGGAGGUUGAGGAGGAGGAGGAGGUACCUCCUGUUAAAUAUGUUGAGGCACCUCUACCUGUUGUCAAUCCCUGGAUCAGGAGUCAGGGGGCACCUCCACCGGCUCCUGUUAAUCUGGGGGAUAGAAAUGCUGAGAAGGAGAAACGAGUGCUGCAGCCACAGCUUCAGACACAGCUACAGCAGGGAAAGCCGAGUUCUGAAAACGGUCCAACCACUGGUGUUCAGCCGACGAUCGUAAAGGCGCCAAAAGACAGAAGAAAAUAUAAUCAAAAGGCAAGUGACUUCACAGAUAUUGGAGACUGGCCGUCUCUGGGAGCUCAAGGCGAGAACAAAACGGCGAUACCGACGGUUAAACAAAACGGCAUUGAGGAGUCGAGCAACUCCAAGGAAGGCAGUGCCAUCAGUGUGGAGAGCAAGGGGAAAGAAAAUAAAGAGCUGAAUCACUGUCAGGAUGACAGUGAUGAGCACACGGAUACCAAUGACAAAAAAAAGAAGAUAAAUAAACAAAAAUGGGUGCCAUUGGAAAUAGACAUUGCGAAAAGCAGGGGGAAACGAGAGCGUUCCCCCAAGCAUCAAAAUCACAGAGAACGAUGUAGUGAGAGUGAGGAGACCUGGAGAGAACGGGAACAUGAGAGGCCUGCAUAUGGCUUCAAGAGUGGACGAGGGGGUAGAAGCUACAGGGGACGAGGUGGCAGGGGUCGUGGUCCAUCGAGACCUGGGGGAUACAGACAGAGACCCGAAGUCGAUUAUUCUGGGGAAUAUGCCGGUGAUUUUUCACAGAUGAAACAAUUCAAUAAUGCUGACCCAUCGUACAUGAUGCCCUACAUGGGUACAUUCUUCUUCAACACAACGAGCUACGUAAAUCUCGACACAACGACACUGAAAGAGUACAUAAGAAAGCAGAUAGAGUACUACUUCAGCGAGGAGAAUUUGCUGAGAGACUUUUUCAUGCGUCGUAAAAUGGAUGCCGAGGGUUUUCUCCCUAUAACACUUAUAGCCUCAUUCCACCGUGUCCAAGCCCUCACAACUGAUGUCGCCCUCGUAAUCGAAUCCAUUCUCGAGUCAGACAAAUUGGAGAUGGUCGACCUUUUCAAGGUGAGGACAGUCCUGGAUCCACUGAUGUGGCCGAUAGCAGUUGAAGCGACAAAUCCUUCUUACCCAGACUCCGAGAUUUCCAAAGUACCUCUUCCCCGUCUUGAAAUUCCACCCCCCGAGAAAUCCCAUUUUUGUCCAGCAGCCACUCCCCUGAGCACAAUUCCAACACCACCACAACCUCGUGUCCUCCAGUCCGUCAUAGUCCCGUCCAGACUCAGUGAAUGUGAAAGUGUAUCCUCGUCCACAGGUGAGACCCUCAAUCCCGAUGUACCCGAAUUUAUUCCCGUUAAUGUUGCAACAAAUUCUGAUCCCACGAGGGACCAACAGACAUCAAACAAUAAUAUUAAGAAAUCCUCUGAAUCAUCGCACAAUCGCAGUGAGAGUCUGGGGUCUGUCAGAGUGAAGCAGAUGGAGGCUAAAUCCCAGAGCAAGAGUUCGUCGUCCACGUCUUUGGGUUCGGCUUCGGUUUCGAUUUCAUCCAAGAGUCCCAGGGUGCCAAUCAAUGGAGAAGUUGAGACACCGGCCAAUGACGUGUGGAAGGAAGUGAAGAGAAGAGUUAAACAACCACCCAGGGACAAGCCUGAGGCCAAUUUUAAGAGUGAUCAGCAUAAGGAGGAGGAACGAGAGGAGUUGGACUUUCAGUUUGAUGAGGAGCUUGAUACACCACCACCCACUGGACGACACAAUGCUUUUUCCGAAUGGUCCGAGGACGACGACGACUACGAGUUAUCCGAUGGUGACAUAAACAAAUUGUUGAUUGUAACGCAAAUAGCUCCAAAUACCCAGACAGUUCCCUCCCGAAUUCCAAAACACGAGGGGCACGAUCGCACAGGUGACUGGACAACGCGGGUAAAGAUGACCCAAGACCUGGAGCAAGCGAUAAACGACGGUCUCUUUUACUACGAGGAAGAUCUCUGGACAGAGGAUGGCCAGAGAUACGGCUCGUCCUCAUCAAUAGGAAGUUACAAGACAGUGAAUAUCAUAAGUCAGGCUGCCUUCGAAAAAAUGGCGCCGAAAGCCCCCAGAAGGGCAAAUCCAGAGGUGCCACCACCUCCACCAUCAUCAGAGGACAUGGAUAUAUCCUCGUCACUUCCAGUUCAAUCCACCGAUAAGAGAGAACGCAAGGGUGAUAAGAGGAGUGAUAGACGUGGACCGUGCAGAAGAAGAGGUGGUGCUGUUCCCAGAUUCUUUGCUGUUGUCAAGGAUGAGCCAGCUGUUGAUCCAAGAACACCUAGAAAACGCAAAACGAGACACAGCAAUAAUCCACCUGUUGAGCAUCAUGUGGGGUGGAUUAUGGAUGUCAGGGAGCACAGGCCCAGGACUUAUUCCACUGGGAGUAGUGCUGGGACUAGUCCCAAUGAGGGAUAUCUUGCUGGCAGCUAUGGCAGUCAACCCUCGUCUUUACCCACUUUUCAACAUCCCAGUCAUGCUUUGCUGAAGGAAAAUGGUUUCACACAGCAAGUCUAUCACAAGUACCACUCCAGGUGUCUCAAAGAACGAAAGAGAUUGGGCAUUGGACAGUCCCAGGAGAUGAACACUUUGUUCAGAUUCUGGUCGUUCUUCCUGAGAGAGAAUUUUAAUCGUACGAUGUACGAGGAGUUCAGGACAGUCGCCAAGGAGGAUGCUGUCGAGGGAUAUCGGUAUGGCCUUGAGUGCCUCUUCCGGUUCUACAGUUAUGGUCUUGAGAGGAAAUUCCGACCGCAGCUAUAUAAAGACUUCCAGUACGAGACGAUCGUCGAUUAUGAAAAUGGUCAAUUGUAUGGAUUGGAGAAAUUCUGGGCCUUCCUGAAGUACUACAAACACGCAGAUAAACUCCACGUCGAGCCAAAACUGGAAGAAUACCUCUCGAAAUUCAAAAAUAUCGAAGACUUCAGAGUUGUCGAGCCUCAGAUAAAUGAGAUGCUUCAGGGUUUCGGUUCCCUCCGCCCUCUCGGCAACAAAAGAAGAAAUCGUAGUGUCUCUGAGAGUGGAGGUGAGGCCUCACCUACUAGCAGAGUACGUCGUCUCUCUGGAGGAUCAUCUACAGUGACAUUAACCACUUCAGGAGCAGCUGCAACCCUCCAGAAACAAUCAUCAGUUAAUCUGACCCAGUAUCGCAAUCGCACUGGGUCAUUUGGCUCGGGAAGGCUCGGUCAUAAUUCAAAACGUCGAAAUGACUCGGCCAACUCUAGCAGUCGUGAUCUCAGCAAGCAGCAGCCCAGGAGCAGACACAAUUCAGGAUCUUUCACGAAACCCCAGGAGGUAUCCAAAGCCACCACCAGCAAAGACAUUCAGAAAUGAAACUGGAAGGGUGCUCUUUGACUGCAACCAAUCACCACAGAUAAAUAUAUAAAUAUAUAUUGCGUAUAUAUUGCGUAUAUAUUUUUAACUGAUGCCACUUAUGCUUGGAAUCAGCUGAAAUGUCGAUUAAGUUGAAUGCUCAAUCACGUGUUCGUCGGAAUGGGGAGGGGCCUGGAUUUGUUGCACAAAUUUUUCCACUUAUUGAAUAUUACCAAUCGUUUUAUUCGCCACUAAUGACUUAUGGCAGACGUAUUUUUACAGUUUUAACACGAAAUUUUCAAUGAUUAAUUCAUCAAUUUCUUUGGGACUGAAAAACGAGAAUCAUUAACUGGAAAUUUAAUCCAUUGAGAGUAACAGGGAUGUCUUUUUUUUUUCCUUUUUUUUUUCUUAUUUUUGAUGUCUUCCAUGUCAUGCCAUAAAUGCAUAAUUGCCUGCAUUUUUCGUGAAGAAUGAAACUGCCGAAAUUAUUCAAUCGUGUGUGGAAUCUUUCGAGUUCAGGACAAGAAAUUCUGGAGUUUCGCGAGCUGUAGGUGUGAGAGUUAUUGGCUGGGGAUUGAUUUCCCAUUAAUUAAAAAAAUUCUCCGGAUAUUCCCGGGGAAAUUCGAUUAAUAGAACAGUUUUAUCAUUUGAAAAAUGAAAACUAGAACUAUGAAUGACGCGGAAUUAAUAGAGCAGUGCAAAAAACGUUGAAAUGACGGAAAAUGUGUUGAGGUAAUUGUAAUUAAUAUUAGACGGAGACCAUUUCAGUGAGAUGAGAGGUGAAUAAAUAAUUCAGGAACGCACCAGCCAAUGACAGCCUAGUCACACAAUGAGCCACAGAAAAUCCUCAAUUUUCAUGGGAAAAUAAAUGAACAAGAAACUCCAGAGAUCAUGUCCCCCUCGGAAUUAUGACUUUUUUUAUCAGAAUUGAGACGAUGAAAAUUCGUAAAACGAUGAUGAGUGGAGUCUAUCGCCUCAUAAAGGCUUCACACGAGUUAAUUAGGGAUAAGCACAUUACAAUUGGAUAAUAAAUCGAGUAAUCAAUAUAUUGGAAGGUACCAUACGAUUAGUUUUGUACAUUACGAGUAAUUAAUAAUGAGGCGUAUUAUAUAUGCAGAAAUACCUACGAUAAGUGAUAUUAAUUAACAAUUUGUUGGCUUUUUAAAUUAAUGGAUGAAUAUAUGCAAUUAUAGAUAGCUCAAAAAAAACACAGCGUGUCCGUUGAUUUAGACUGUUAUAUAUAUAUUUUUUCUUUCUCUUAUCGCCUUCAUCGAAUAGACAACGAGACACGUCGCAGGCUGGUCCGCUCCGUUUGUUUUUUUUUUUUUUCUUUCUCGAAUCAAAUUAAUCGAUGCGCAAGUCGGGGAUUUAUCCGGUCGAUAUUUUAUUGUUUUAUGAAUUUUUCCGGGGGAUGUUUUUGAACUGGGGACUUGGAAAUUCCGUGAUUAACGCCGAAGAGAUGUCUGCGAGGAUCGGAAAUUGUUUUUCAAUUUUUCUGAGAUUUUUAGGAUUCAGGCGCGAAGGGUAAAGAGUAACCGGUGAGUUUUCGCGGGAUAUCUCGGGAUCCGAGGGAGAUAGCGCCAUUUUUGUGGGAGACUUUUCUGUAGGUCUGAUUUUUCUCUACAAAAAAGGUUCCAUGGAAAAUUUCGAUAUCUCCGAUCGAUGUGGAGAUAUUUCUCAAAAACUCGAGUGGUCGAAGUGUCGACUUGUUGCAUUUUACUUUUUUCAUUCGGAAUUUUCCCCAGUGCAAAAAUAUUUAUUAAUUCAGACGGAAAUACUGAUUGGCGAAUUUAAUGAUAAAUCAUGGUUGAGCGGACAGAGAAUUUUAAUAUUGCGUGCCGUGGUUUAAUUUCUGUGUUCAUUAUUAUCAUUACUGGACAGCAUGACGUUAAUUAUCUAAAACAGGAACAUGAUUUAAAAAAAAUCAUUCCCUUCGUCGAUUAAAUUGAGGUGGAAUGUUUUCCCACCACCACUGGCUGUGUCCCUUCAUCUUCGAAUGAAAUUCUGUCUUCAAAAUAAUAAUUCGCUGUUUGUAAUCACCUGGAUUUUGCCUGAAAUCACAUUACAUGUACGAUUAUUACGAAAAAUGAAUAUGAUUUAUAGAAUUGUUUAUUUAGCUAUAGAUACUGGUAUCAUCUAGAAUUAGAUUUAGUUUUAAGGGAAUUUUUCUUCAUUUGUGGGAGAUCAGAUCACUCCGGUGUAAUUAUUUUAUUAUUUUCAUCAUUACGUAUGGAUUAGGUUUAAGGACAAGAAUGAUUAUUUUUCUUUUCUCUGAAGGCCACUGACUAGAUCAUUUUCCUGACUAUUGGAGGGGUUUUUUUUUUUUUCGUGACGAUUGUCUGGGGCUUUAUUAAUUUUCUCCUGUGGAGUUUUAUCAGAUGCUGAAGAAAAAAACGAAUUGCUAAUGGAAACAUGUAAAAAUAUAAAUACAGUUUGGAUAUAUCAUUACUUAUACCAUUGUUACUUAUACUUUGUACGAUUAUAGGAUAUUGAUUUAUUUCGUAGUUUUAAGUCUUCAACUCGCGUUUAUGUAAAUGGGUGGGGUUUUUUAUCGUUGGAGAUAACAACGACCCAAAAAUGUAUAGAGAAAAUAAUAAUUACGGAGAUAUUUAGUGUGAA